GGUGCUUACUGUGCCCUAUCUAGGCACUCAACAAGCGACUAGUCUCAUGUCUGCCUUCGGAGAAUGAUACUCCUCUGACACGAGGGUGUCCGUGAUUCGAGCAGUUAAGCAGUGCUCAGAGGAAUUGCAAAUGGUGCACAAAUGCUUCCCUUUAGUGGCCGCCGUCACCCUGCAGCUUUGCAAGCGUGAGUGGUGCGAAAACCUGCGUCAAUGUAUCCGCAAACAGGGCGAGGCAGGCACAGCAAAGGUGAGGACAUCACAUUGGAGUGUUAUGCUAGAGAAGUCUUCGUAGGAGC